AUGGCCGAAUCACAUGCAGAAAACGGGGCCGACGACAAGCCAACAUGGGGCUCCGUGAACACGCUGGAAGGAGGAGGAUUCACUGAGUCUGAGGAGGCACCACCGCAACUGCCGGUACCAUCGGACUUGCUGUUCAAACCGGCGUCAGCCGACCAUGUCCGACCGAAGGUCUUCUUCGAUAUCACCGUCGACACUAGACUGGUGGGCAGGAUCAUCUUCGAACUCUUCGAUGAUAUCGUCCCUAGGACCGCCGAGAACUUCCGGGCGCUCUGUACAGGUGAAAAGGGAGUCAGUCAAUCGUCCGGCAAACCGUUGUGCUAUAAGGGUAGCACAUUUCAUCGAGUGAUCAAGAGUUUUAUGUGCCAGGGUGGCGAUUUCACCGCGGGUAAUGGUACUGGUGGCGAGUCGAUUUAUGGUGAUAAAUUUGAGGAUGAAAACUUUGAGCUUAAGCAUUCCAAGCCUUUCCUCCUGUCGAUGGCCAAUGCCGGUCCGGGCACGAACGGCUCCCAGUUCUUUAUCACCACCGUCCAUACCCCACAUCUAGAUGGGAAGCACGUCGUCUUUGGCAGGGUGAUUGCUGGCCGGUCCAUCGUGCGCCUGAUAGAACAGACCCCUACCAAGCCUGGUGCAGACCAGCCCACGGAGUCGAUUAUGAUAUCAGACUGUGGAAUGGCUACCGAAGAGGUCCUCGUUGACGGCAAGAAGCAGCCGGAUCAGUGGGGCGACGAGUGGGAGGAUCACCCUAGUGAUGAUGAUGAAAAGAUUGAAUAUAUCGAGACCUGCCUGAAGAUCGCCACCAAACUGAAGCAGAUCGCAACCACAGCAUUCAAAGAUGGUAACUUCGAGGUGGCAGCCAAGAAAUAUAUCAAAGCUGUUACCUAUCUUGACACUCAUACGGUCCUCCCCGAUGGCUGUACGGAAGAAGAGGUGGAGACGUACACCUCCCUGCGAGUUACGAUCCUCUUGAACGCCGGCCUGGCGUCGAUUAAGGCUGCCGGCCAACCGGAUGCAUCCCCCCCGGUGGCCAAGAAGCACGCACGGACGGCGAUGAAGUACUGCAGUAGGGUCUUGGAUAUGUACCAUCCUGCCGGACAGCCACUUGAAAGGUCCAAGCAAGGCUUGAUCGGGUGCUACAAGGAGCUGAGUAAUGAUGAACGAGCCAAGGCACUCUACCGAAGGGCAUUAGCUGGGGUGAUCGUCCAAGAGAACGAGGUCAGCUUGAAGGACCUCGUCGAAGCCCAUAAGCUAGUGCCCGGCGAUCAGGCCAUCAAGAAGGAACUCGAGCGAGUUCGACUCCAGAUCGAUAACCAACGGAAGAAGGAGAGAGCAGCGUUUGGAAAGAUGUUUGGUUGA